AUGCUGCUGCAUAUAUACAGAUAUCCUUAUCUAUCUAUAUAUCGUUCAUCUAAGUAUCUCCGUAUCCGUCUGUACGUUUGCUGCUGCGUUACUCCCCGCCGCUCGAGACUAGAGUGUCUCGUACAAAUCUCGCUACUCGAAUGUGGUUUUUGCCCUAUUCCCCAUCUGUCUCGACUGCUACUGCUCGUGAUCCUGCUUAUCACAGCUAUACGGACAACCGAGGAUUCCAUUAUGGGCACACAUUACAGAAUACAAGCAACGCACAUUCUCCGGCGCGCAUUGGAUGAACCUUGGCGUUAUGUCAGCAUGCGGCUGCAUCCCAGCCGUGUCUCGAAAAGGAGAUGCCAAUUACAGAGAGAACUCCGCACAACGUAUUUCGGAGGUCAAUACGUGGAUAACCGAAAUCCGCACCUCAGGACAUGGUGCGGCCGCGUCUAUUCCCUGCAUUAUUUACCCUCCCAUUACUACAAGUUGCAUCGGUGGGAAUUCCAGCGGUACAAAUGUAACAUUCGUGAGUUACUUUUCCGCAUCAGUAGGAACUCAGUUUUGCAGGACGUAUGCCAUGCUCUUAGGCGGCAAAACAAGCACCCACAGAUCGGAGAUACUGCAUUUUCUAUCGGUAAUUGUGAUAAAGUAACUCAGGGCAACGCCAACUGUGGAGACGGCGCAAAAGCACGGAGUUGGAGUCGGAAUGGGGUUGCCAGUGUCUUGAUGGUUUGA